AUGUUGCAAAAGACAAGCUGCAAGUCUCAGCUCCCAGCUCCCAGCUCCUGCUCCCAGCUCCCAGCUCCUGCUCCCAGCUCCCAGCUCCUGCUCCCAGCUCCUGCUCCCAGCUCCCAGCUCCCAGCUCCUGCUCCCAGCUCCCAGCUCCUGCUCCCAGCUCCUGCUCCCAGCUCCUGCUCCACACUCCACGCCCCCGUUCCACGAUCCACGCUCCUGGCUCUCAAGCACAUCACCAUGACAAAACCAGAGAUACGCUGCCCCGUUUGCGCAAAAAAGCUCUCCAAAAAGAGCAAUCUUAAGAGACAUAUGAAUAGUCAGCAUUCCGGCGAAUCACUUACCCUUCAAAGUUCGAACUGUUUUCAUCGUCUCAAUCAAACUCCCCAUUUGGUUGUUUGCCUUCGUCGUGAAGCCUUCAAAUUCACUUACGACAACGCGCCGCACCUCAGCUUACAGCUCGAUCCCAACGCGGAAGAGAUCUUGCCGUCCGAGUGGUUUCCAAGACGUGAAGAGCUAGAAUUGUAUCAAAACUUCCAUGAGAUACAAGGCGAACAUGUGGUGCUACACCAGUCACUAGUCACGGCCUUUCACCUACGACAUCUUUCCAAGACGGGCAAGUUUAAGGUCGACAUUCGAGAGUGGAACACGGACGUAUUUGAUGAGUUCCCUGGUGACGAUUUGACAAAAGUCACCUUCCUCAUUCUUGAUACGACGGACGGCGACCCUCACGAAGCCCCGAAGCCUUGGUUGCAAGCAACACAACUCAAAGACCGACAUGUCAGUCUCUAUCCCAGCCAACGAGAGACGGAGAUGGAGCAAGGGAAGGUGGAGCUUAUCAAAGUCUUGGAUGCCAUCGCAGAAUCUGCCACAGAUGGGAGGUUCCAGUUCCGACCCAAAACAUGCUUCGGAACCGGCAUCUGUGUGUUGUCUAAGGAGCAAAAAACAGUAUACAAACGCUCCUGGAGCGCGAGUUCAUCCCAUGUAUACAUCUCGGAACAAAGACUGUCGCUUGUACCAUGUUUUCCGCUCGUUAACGCGGCGAAAAGGAAACGAGGGCAGAUACAUAGCGAGCAGGGUAGCACCAUUGUACCUUGGUUCCACCAGGAAUACAUACCUCUGGCGGCCAAAGGGGAGUUCCGUGUAUUCCUUAUACCAAAAGGCACCUCGAAAGGUGUGGUCUUCCACUGGAUUCAUACUGCUGUUAACCGGGACAACUCGGAAGUCAAAGAUCUCGUUGUUGUUACCAAACCAUCGGGAAACGACAGCGUAGAGUUUACGGAAAAAAGUACAACUGAGGAGCAGCUGAAAGACUUUGCACUCUACUAUUACAAGGAGUUGCGAAAGCGGCUACCGAACAUGUCAUUUGAUCAGGGAGUUCGCUUGGACAUUGGGGCUAGCGGGGAUGAGAGGCUUUGGGUCAUUGAAAUCACUCCCUGGUACUCGGCCCACUACUUUUCAUUGACUGGGUUGCCUUCCCCAAAUACACAAGUUUGUAAGACGUUCGCCAGGUCUUUGGCAUGUUCCAUAGUUCCAGACUUAUGA